AUGGCAAAGCUCACAGUUCUUGGACUAAUGCUGCUUGGCAUUCACGCCACAUCUGCAGCCUCUCACUCUCUGAAGUACUUCUACACUGCUGUCUUGGGAGAGAUCGACUUCCCAGAGUUCACCGCUGUGGGUCUGGUGGAUGAUGGCCAGUUUAUGUACUAUGACAGCAGAAUUAAGAGGGCGAUCCCUAAGACUGAAUGGAUAAAGGAAAAUGAGGGUGCAGAUUACUGGGACAGAGAGACGCAGACAGAUAUUGGUACCCAGCAGACCUUCAAAGGCAAUGUGGGAGUUUUAAUGCAGCGUUUUAAUCAAACUAGGGGUGUCCAUGUUGUGCAGCGCAUGUACGGCUGUGAGUGGGACCGUGAGACUGGGACCACAGAUGGGUAUUAUCGUGAUGGCUACGAUGGGGAAGACUUCAUUGCAUUUGACAUGAAGAACAUGAGAUGGAUCACUCCUUCACCACAGGGAGGUAUCACUAAAAACAAGUGGGACAGUGACAGAGCUUUGAAUGAGCAGAAUAAGAACUACCUGAGCCAGAUCUGCAUUGAGUGGCUGAAGAAGUACGUGGGCUACGGGAGGAGCACUCUGGAGCGCAAAGUCCCUCCUGAGGUCUCUGUAUUCCAGAAGGGCUCCUCUCCUGUCACCUGCCAUGCCACCGGCUUCUUCCCCAGUGGCAUCGUUAUGUCCUGGCAGAAAAAUGGAGAAGACCUGCAUGAGGACGUGGAGCUGGGAGAGAUGCUGCCCAACGAGGAUGGAACAUUCCAGAAGAUGUCUCGCCUCAGAGUGAAGCCUGAAGACUGGAAGAAAAACACCUACACCUGCAUCGUACAGCACAGCAGUCUGAAGGAAGAUACCAAGAGAGUGUUCACUGACAACAGUGGUCCUCCACUGGGCAUCAUCAUUGGGUGUGUCGUUGCUGUCCUUCUCCUUGGAGCUGUCAUCGGGGGCAUUGUUUGGAAGAAGAAGAAGGACGGAGGCUAUGGGAAGACCAACACCUCAGAUAGUGAUUCUGAGAACUCCGGCAACACUCCUCCAAAAGCCUGA